AUGAAAGCCCCUGUCCUUGCUCUUUUCGUUCUGUUUUUGAUGGUGGUAAUAGUUUCUGCUCGGAGCGCAGAAGGAAGAAGUAACAAACUAUCAUCUUCUCUUCUUCGUGAUCGUAAUAUUGGUUACAAGAGAGAUUUGGAAAAAUUUCAAAGGAGAAUUGACAGACUCAAAGAACAACUCGAGUUCUUUGCUGAAAGUGACAGUGAAGGUCUAUCCGAAAGAGAUUUCUUACGUAAAUUUUACUUGUCAACUGGAGGUCAUUAUUGGAGAAAUAAUACUGGUUGGAAUACUAUGGAUACUGGUAAAGAGACAAACUUUUGCUCUUGGUAUGGUGUCAAAUGUAUCGGAAAUCAAUACAAUGUCUUGUCUUUGAAUUUGGCAAGAAAUAACUUGACAGGUGUCUUGCCAACUGGAAUUGCUGAUUCUUUACAAAGUGUCAUGAUUAUUAAUUUGGCAUUCAAUGCAAUUGGAGGUCAAAUUCCAAAAGAGUAUGGUGAAAUACCCUCACUAACUGGAAUCCAUUUAGGAAGCAAUCAUUUCGAAGGAUUAUUGCCUUCAGGUCUCUGCCGUGUAUUGUCCUGUGACUGUUACAAUAAUCCUAAACUAUUGUGCCCAGCCGAUAAUUGUAAUAAUAACCAUUGUAACAUGGCUGUAUGUAAUUGUGGAGGUCUAACUAUGUGUAACUCUGAUGCUGAUUGCUAUGGAAAGCUAUGCAGUAGAUGCGUUUCUAAUGGAAGUCCUUUUUUCAAAAUUUGUAAAUAA